AUGAACGACGUCAAGCAACAAAUUCGUGAGCAUAUCAUAAGUCAAAUCCCAAACACGAUCGAGAAUUUCCUUCAAACCGUUGGUUCAACGGCAAUUCGAAUACUUGGCGAUACUCCCAACAUCAUUCUCGACUCCGAAGAUUAUCUAGGGUCUAUACGAGUGUUUGUGUCAGCGGUCGAGAGUGCCCUCCACCGUUUUCGUCCAGACAUCCAGACUUCAUUCCUCGCUGUUAAUAUAUACCCUGGACGCCACUCCUAUUUCGUCCUCGACCUCAACAAUGUCGGCUAUAACUAUGAGACUGCUCAUAAUGAUAUGAGACCAAUAUCUGUCUAUGUUCUUCGCCUAUCAAAAAAAAAGCCUACUACAAUCUUCAGACAGGAAGUCCUCGAUAGAACAAUUGCUACGACACUUACCAAAAUGCACAAUGGACAUGGUUACGAGCCCCUACCAUUGGUUGACGACUAUAACCAGAUCGUUCAGUACUGCAAUCCCCGAAGCCUUCAGUCUUGA